AGUCGGCCGAUUCGAGUAUGAACUUGAAAAAAGCACCUCAAUCAACAUUUGGGAUCUGAGACUUGAGAGGAUGCUCGGAAAUGGAGUCGACCAAUGGAAUUAAAACCCUAGAAGAAGACGGAAUCAGUUGGGGAAGUCGCAUUCUCUAUCCUACUCUCCUCGGAGGAAUCGUGGGAGGAGGAAUUGGAUUAGUAUCAAGACAUCGGAAGGUACACGGCCUUGCAAAUAUGUCUGCAACUUAUGCCACUAAUCUUGCCAUAGUCACUGGCUGCUAUUGUGGUGCUCGGGAGAUCGUAAGAGCUAGCAGGCAUUCAGAGCCUGAUGAUCUUUUUGACUCGGCAAUUGCUGGGUUUGGUACUGGUGCUAUUCUAGGCAGAUUGCAAGGUGGUCGUGCCGGUGCAAUCCGUUACUCAGUUGGGAUCGCCGUUGUGGGAACUUCGCUUGAUUAUGCUGCUAUCAAACUAAGGCCUGUUUUUAAGGACAUAUAUGAAUCGAUGGCUGGUGAGAAGAAAAACAGUUGGUUCCAAUGGCCAGAAUGGUUGCCCAUCCAAGUUCUUGAUGAAGAAGCUCUUGCUGCAAAGCAAGCACGGGAGGAACAGUUGCGGGCUCGGAUUCGUGAUCUGACAAAAGAAGAGCCGUAGAUUUUGCAUCGUUGUUUCUGCUCGUUAUUUAUGGCUAAAAUGCAGAAAACUUGUUAUAGAUUUCCAUAAUACUUGGGUACACUUGUUGCCAUAUUUUGAAGGAUUGAAGAAUUCAAAUGAUCAAAUCACUUUUGACUUGAAGAUUGGAAGCAGGAAUGACAAUGUGAUUUUAGGGGCUGUUUGGAAUGAAAAUGACAUCCUCCCGGUUUGAUCUAGAAUGAAAAAUUGGGCUUAUGGUGGAAUGAGUCAAUCAUAUUAUAUAAAACCAAACAGUUUCUUUUAUUUUCAUUCUCAUUGAUUAAUGUUUUGAUACAUUUCAUGCUUUUGGUUGAAUGUAUUCUAGGAUGUCCUUUGAACCAAGUAGAAUAUUCAUUGUAUAUGAAGUUGUUUCGAUA